AUGACCGUCACUCAUGUUCUCUUCGAGUCGGCCUCUGGAUAUGCCAUAUUCGAGUCCAAGUUUGGAGAGGAGAUUGGCUCCAAGAGCAAGUCAGUCCAGGAGUCGUUCCAGGACCUGGCUAAAUUCGGGAAAAUGGUUUCGUUGGUGAGCUUUGUGCCGUUCAAGAGCGCUGCAGAAGCUUUGGAGAAUGCAAAUGAUGUUUCUGAAGGCAUUUUGAACGACGUACUUAAAAAUGUCCUUGAACUCAGCUUGUCCAAAGCGUCAAAAAAAUCGAAUGUCACACUGGCUGUGUCCGAUCCCCUCCUUGGAAAAAGCAUCAAGGAUGCUUUGGGCUUCCAAAUCGACGUUUCGGAGAACUCACAAACAGUCAUUCGCGGUAUCCGCCAACAUGCCUCCAAACUACUCAAGGGUCUCCAGACCGAUGACCUUAGAAAGGCGCAGCUCGGCUUGGGACACUCUUAUUCACGGUCCAAGCUAAAGUUCAACGUCAACAGAGUGGAUAACAUGAUUAUUCAAGCUAUUGCCCUCCUUGAUCAGCUAGACAAGGAUGUCAAUCUGUUCUCGAUGCGCAUUAGAGAGUGGUAUGGCUACCACUUCCCAGAGCUCAUCCGUCUCGUCCCCGACAACCACCAAUACGCUCGCGUCGCCAAAUUCAUCGGCGACAAGGACACCCUCACAGAAGACAAACUGCCCGACCUCGCGGAAAUCCUUGACAACGACAGCACUCUCGCGCAAAACAUCCUCGAUGCCGCCCGUGGUUCUAUGGGAUCCGGCCUCUCCGAAAUUGACAUGCUCAACAUUUCCUCCUUCGCCACACGCGUGGUGUCCAUCUCCGAUUAUCGCAAAUCAUUGGUCAACUACCUCUCCGAAAAAAUGAACACCGUCGCGCCUAGUCUUACUGCCCUUCUCGGCGAGCGUGUUGGUGCCCGCUUGAUCAGCCAUGCUGGAAGCUUGACGAACUUGAGCAAAUACCCCGCCAGCACUGUCCAAAUUCUUGGUGCCGAGAAGGCUCUUUUCCGUGCCUUGAAGACCAAGGGCAACACACCCAAAUAUGGUCUUUUGUAUCACUCCACCUUCAUUGGCCGCGCUAGUCCCAAGCACAAAGGUCGCAUUUCCCGCUUCCUUGCUAACAAGUGCUCGAUAGCAUCGCGCAUUGACUGCUACUCCGAAAACCCCACAUCUAAAUUUGGCGAAGCCCUCCGCGCUCAAGUUGAAGAACGCUUAAACUUCUUCGACAACGGUACUCCACCGUCCAAGAAUGCCGAUGCUAUUCGCAAGGUUUUGGACCAACUGGCCCUUGAUGAAAAUGACGACGAUGAUGGCAUGGAUAUCGAUGACGGGCCCGCCCUGACAACACUGGAGGCGGAACCCAAGAAGGAGAAGAAAAAGAAGAGGAAGAGCUCCGCGAUGGACGUCGAUGAAGAGGAAGAACCUUCAACGAAGAAGGUCAAACUUUCAAAGGAGGAGAAAAAGGCUCUGAAGAAGGCCAAGAAGGAGCAGGCCAAGGCUGAAGCCGCCGCCGAUGACGAGCCGUCGAAAAAGGAGAAGAAGGAAAAGAAAGAGAAGAAAGAGAAGAAGGAGAAAAAGAAGAGCAAGGAGUGA